AUGGAGGCCAACGCUAAUCGUUCGACACUAAAGGGCCAGCGUCCGGCGGAGGACGCAGUCAAACCCAAGCCCGCUGCUCACCGUAGUGGCUCUCGCUACAAAGAAAAGUACCUCUCGCAUCACCCGAACAACCUGAAACCGUCUGCUCACACAGUUACAACGGCCAGGUACCAGACGCUCCGGGAGAAAUUCGAUCAGGUCAAUGCGCUACACGAGGAGUACGAAAAAGAACUAGAACUCGCCAGCGCCCGAAUAAAGAAGCUACAAGCUGAGAACGAGUACGUCUCUAGUCGUUUUGUGUCGUAA